CUUGGCAUGGAUGUGUAGAAGAGAGGACAAGAAUCUGUACAAAGAUUAUACUUUCCUUAUCGGAAGCUAUCUCUCUGUAGUUGUCGAAAACCCUAAUCAUUCCAUUCUUUUGUGAGAUCGCUCCUUUCUUCGAUAUCGAGGAAUUGCUUUUAAACACACAAGGAACCUUCCACUGGUAUUGCUGAAAUUCAGAAUUCAUGGAUGUGGAUGGAGGGAGUACCUCUGAUGCUACCACAGAAGUGCGAUCAAUUCCCAUUCAUUCUGGACGUUCAAAAGCUUAUUAUCAAUUUACACAGCAAAGCCUCCCAGCUUGUAAACCUGUCUUGACACCAAAAUGGAUUAUUUCUACUUUUUUACUAUUGGGUGUCAUUUGCAUUCCUAUUGGGCUAGUUACUCUUCAAGCUUCCCGUAAUGUUGUUGAAAUUGUGGACCGGUAUGAUACUGAAUGUAUACCUGAGGCAUAUAAGAGCAACAGGAUGUCAUAUAUCAAAGACAGCUCAAUCCUCAAAAACUGUUCUCGUAUAUUGAAGGUGCACAAAUAUAUGAAAGCACCAAUUUACGUUUAUUAUCAGCUUGAUAACUUCUAUCAAAACCAUCGAAGGUACGUCAAGAGUAGAAGCGAUAAGCAGCUUUUGUAUGGAUUGAAGUACAAUGACACAAGUUCAUGUGCACCUGAAGAAUUAAACAACGGUCUACCAGUUGUCCCUUGUGGGUUGAUAGCAUGGAGUUUGUUCAAUGAUACAUUUACAUUUAUUCAUGGGAGAAAAGAAUUGAAGGUAAACAGGAAGAACAUUGCGUGGAAGAGUGACCGUGAUCACAAAUUUGGGAAGAAAAUUUACCCUUUUAAUUUCCAGAAUGGGACCUUGAUUGGCGGGGGAAAUCUUGAUCCCAACAUUCCACUUAGCAAUCAUGAGGAUCUUAUUGUAUGGAUGCGUACUGCUGCCCUUCCAAGCUUCCGCAAGUUGUAUGGUAGAAUUGAAGAGGAUUUGGAUGUAGACGAUGUUUUAGAUGUACACCUAAUGAACAACUACAACACGUACAGCUUUGGAGGUAAAAAGAAGCUUGUCCUUUCAACAUCAAACUGGUUGGGUGGAAAGAAUGACUUCCUUGGAGUUGCCUACAUCUUUGUUGGUUCUUCUUCUAUAAUCAUGGCCAUUAUCUUCACGCUGCUUCAUGUGAAUAAUCCAAGGCCUUAUGGGGACACAAGUUAUUUGUCGUGGAACAUGAAAAGCUUUCCUAGUUGAAAAGGUGAUCUUAGUUUGUAAAAUUUUCAUGUGAAGUGAAUUGAAGGUUCUGAAACAUCUCAUACGCGUUAAGUUGUUAAGUGUCCAGUAUAGAGCUUGUUAUGAAAGAGAGAAAGAGGUGCAAUGUUGUGAGAUGAUACUGUCUUUUAAUGCAGCUCCGCCAGGUAAAGUGUACUUUUGACGAUCAAACUAUUGAAUCAGUAAAUUAAUUUGUUGUUCUUGUUA